CAGACAAAAAGGCACACCACCAACAGCUAGCGAGCUUCUCCCAAGACCAUGGAGGCCGCCAAGUGUUGCCCCGCCACCUUGCUGCUGCCGCUGCUGCUGCUUCUCGUGCACUCGCCGGCGACGAUGGUGACCUGUCGCGCGGAGAUGGAGUCCGUGUACGUCGGGCAGCGGGUCCUGCCCGUGCGCCUCGGGCGGCCGGCGUUCGGCCCGGAGAGUCUCGCCUUCGACCACCGCGGCGACGGGCCCUACACCGGCGUCUCCAACGGGCGCGUCCUCCGGUGGCGCGGCCCGCUGCGCGGGUGGACCGAGUUCGCCCACAACCACAAGCACGAGACGGUGGCGGCGUGCGCGGCGAAGAAGAGGGCGGUGGCGCCGGAGAGCGCGUGCGGGCGGCCGCUGGGCCUGCAGUUCCACCGCGCGUCCGGCGACCUCUACUUCGCGGACGCGUACCUGGGGCUGAUGCGCGUGGGGCGGGGCGGCGGGCGGGCGGAGGCGGUGGCCACGGAGGCCGGCGGCGCGGCGCUCAACUUCGCCAACGGCGUCGACGUCGACCAGGAGACCGGACACGUCUACUUCACGGACAGCAGCGCCACGUUCCACCGGAGCGACUACAUCAUGAUCAUCCUGACCGGCGACGCGACGGGGCGGCUGCUGCGGUACGACCCGGCGACGGGCGGCGUCGCCGUGCUGGCGACGGGCCUGGCCUUCCCCAACGGCGUGGCGCUGAGCGCGGACGGCACGCACCUCGUCGUGGCCGAGACCGCGCGCUGCCGCCUGCUCCGCCACUGGCUGCGCGGACCCCGCGCCGGCGCCACCGAGCCCUUCGCCGACCUGCCGGGCUACCCGGACAACGUGCGCCUCGCCGCCGGGGACGGUGGGGACGACACCUCUGCCUACUACUGGGUGGCGCUGAACCGGGACAAGGCGUGGAUGGAGGAGGGCACGACGCCGCGCUCCGUGGCCGCCGUCAGGGUCCGCGCGGCGGACGGCGCCGUGGACCGGGCGCUGCGCGGGCUCGGCAACGCCACCGUCAGCGAGGUCGUCGAGCGGCCCGGCGGCGCGCUCUGGCUCGGGUCCGUCGACACACCCUACGUCGGCCUCUUCAGGACCGGCGGCGGCCUCUAGUAGUUCGCGCGGCCGUCGUUCGUUCGCUGGAAGAUU